AUGAAAAAGAUAUUUCUUUCAAAUUUGGAAAAGCAGACACAAACAGACAACCUCAUUGUAAACGUCCAUUUAAAUCAAACAAGCAACCCAAAAGAUGAAUAUGAACAAGUUUACACAAAUUCUAAAGACAUUUUUAAAUCGCCAAAGAUGAGCAUUUCAAGUAUUGAAACGAUAUAUCCUUAUUUUGUUAGCGAAAAAAAAGGCGAAAAAAAAGAAGUGGAAAAAGAGGGCGAAAAAGAGGGCGAAAAAAAAGAAGUGGAAAAAGAGGGGGAAAAAAAGGAAGUGGAAAAAGAGGGGGAAAAAGGUGGAGGUGACCAUUUUUUAAAGAUUAAGUCAAAUAGCAAUGUUAACAAAAUUUGUAGACAACUCAUGGUAAAUAAUGACACAAAUUUAUUUUCAAAAUGUGACACAAAUUUAUUUUCAAAGAGUGAUAGCAAUACAUUUUCAAAGAGUGAUCGCAAUACAUUUUCAAAGAGUGAUAGCAAUACAUUUUCAAAGAGUGAACAUUUUCCUGAUUUAAAAAAAAAUAAUAAAUAUGAUAUAAAUUAUGUGGAUGAAAAUAAAUAUAACGAUUAUCUUAGUGGGCACUUAACCCAAAUCGAUGUUAAACAAAAUUCAGAAAUAAAAAUAAAAGAUGUGAAAAUGAAUCAGACACAUGAAAUAACACCUCUAGAUAAAGUUGUCGAAUCAAAUUGUUUCGAAAAAAAGGCAGAAGCAUGCGAAAAAAGCGAAAAAAAAGCAGAAGCAUGCGAAAAAUGGGAAAAAAAAGCAGAAGCAUGUGGCGAUGAUUCAAAAAGGGUGGGAAACCUUUGUAAUGUUCAAAGUAAUAUACAAAAUGAUGAUCAUAAGGAAAGUAUUGUAACAAAUAAUAAUAAUAGUCUUGUUUAUAAUGAACAAGAUGUAAAUGGUGAAUUUGGUGAAAAUUAUAAAUCCAGUCUACUUAUGGAAGAUAAAAAAAAAGUUAUAAUAAAUGAUAUUAAAAAUGAUAACAACAUUCCUGAAAACUUUAAUUAUUUAUAUGAUAUUUUAGAAAAAAAAUAUAAAGAGAAUAUAAAUUUAGAUGGUUCUGAAUAUGUAUAUAUUUAUGAUAUAUGCCCAAAAAAUGAUAAAUAUAAUUCAGAUAAGAUUUGUUAUUAUGUUUCAAAUUCUGAUAAAUCAAGAGAAGUUGAUUCAAAUAAUCUUGAACAUUAUCAAAAUUGUAAUAACAAAAAUACGUAUUUAAAUUUUUUUAACAAUUUUUCAAAUAAAUUUAUUAACAUAAAAAAAAUGUUUUCAGCAAAUGAAAUGGUAAACUUAACAAAAUUUUAUUUUAAUGAUAGUGAAUCAGAAAUUUGCAAUUUAGAAUCUGUUUUAAAUAGCCAAAAUAAAAAAGCGGCUUUUGAAAUGGGAGAUAAAAUAAACGAAAUUGAUGUGCAAACAACAACCGAUUCAACAAGAUCGGAAAGUUCAAAUAACACAGAAUGCAAUAAUGUCAAAAGAUCAAAAUUUAUAGACAAAAUUAAUUACAUCUUCUAUACAGUUAUUAAAAAAAAUGAUAAUGAAAAGAGUGAACAGAAUGAAAAGAGUGAAAAGAAUGAACAGAAUGAUGAUUGGAGUGAAAAAACGAUGUCAAAUAACAUAUUGAACAUAUGUGAUUAUCAAAAAAAUAAAAAAAUAUAUGAAUUAAAAAAAAUAAAUAUGGAUAAAAUAAAUAGUAAUAUGAAAUUAAAUAUUAACCGAAGAGUAUCCGAAACAGACAUAUACGAUAUUGAAAUAAAAAAAAAAGGAUAUACACAUAUAUAUAUAGAUAAAAAUGAUUGGAAAAGAUAUUAUUGUAUCCUUUUUUAUUUAAACAACAAUUUAAUUCAUAAAGAUAAUCUAAUUUUAAAACAUUAUUAUAAAAUAUACGAAGGAGAAUAUUUAUAUAAUAAUAACAAUAAUAUUAACAAUUCAGGGUUAUAUACAAAUUGCUUUUUAGCUUUUUUUAAUGAUCAUAAUUUCGAUUUUGCAAAAAAAAAUAAUAUAGAUCUAUCCAUAUUUAUAAGGAAAAAUAUGUACGAUCUUAUUUUUGAAAUUUCUAAUAAACAUCAAACUGAAAUAGUAAAUAAUGGCCAUUUUGAGACGUCGGGAAAAGCAAAUAAAUGUAUAGUUAUCUUUGAUAUAUAUUCAAUACCAUAUUAUUUGAUACCUUUUGAUUAUAUUUCACAAAAUUUAUUAAAUAACAAAAAUGUUGAUUCACUAAUUUUAGAUAAAAAAUGUGAAAAUUCAUUUAAUUUUAUCUAUAAUGGAAAUAUUCUAAAUAGCUGGAUAUACUAUAUAAAUAUGUUAACACAAAAAUAUAUAAAAAUAAAUUCUAUAAAUAAAAAUAAAAAUAAACCGAUAAAAAGGAUACAUGAUGUAAACAAAAAAUUUAAUCAAUGGAUCGAAGUUUUUAAGCAAGAGAGGAAUAUAAAAAAAUGUGGACAAAUUUAUUAA